AUGUCCAACUCACCUAGGGAAAUUGACGAAGACGCUAAGAAGGUUGUGGAACUUUUCCGCGAUAUUUUUGGCUAUCAUCCUGGUUUCAGAGCUGUUCAUGCUAAAGGCAUUUUGCUCCGAGGAACAUUCAGCCCAACACCCGAAGCAUCGUCUCUUUCCACAGCACCGCACUUCCGCCGCCAUUCAACAUCUGUGAUCGCUAGGCUCUCGAACUCUGGUGGAGUUCCUACCCAGCUGGACGCUGAUCCGGCUAAUAACCAAAACGGGCUGGCGUUGCGUUUUAUCCUCAGCUCAUUUCCACGGCGCGAAAAGACAGAUAUUGCGACUGUUUCUACGCCUUUCUUCCCGGCUGGUAACGUGCCAGACGGUGUUGGUUUCUUUCGCGCGCUGGCCACAAACAAGGUAGAGGAGUUUAUUCGCACUCACCCCGCCGCUGCUGCGUUUAUCAACGCACCGAAGCCGUUCCCGGCCAGUUUUUCAACGCAGCAGUUCUUCAGCAUAAAUGCAUUCAAGCUUAUAGGAAAGGACCAUAAGGGGACAUAUAUCCGAUACCGCAUCAUGCCGAAGGAUGGAGUCUUCCACUUGGACGAGAAGGAGGCGGCCUCUAAGCCACCCAACUACCUUUAUGACGAGCUGGUGAAAAAGCUCGAGACUGACCCGAUCGAGUAUGACCUCUUGGCUCAGAUUGCCGAGGCUGGCGAUGUGACUGACGACUGCACGGUGCAGUGGCCGGAGACACGUGAGUUAGUAAAGUUGGGGGUAGUGAGUCUCGAGUCCAUCCUGGCGGACAGCGAUGAGGAACAGAAGAACCUGGAGUUUUUUGAUCCUGUCCCGAAGGUUGAAGGCAUCGAGCCUUCUGACGACCCGUUGAUUGACCUUAGCUCAGUUGCUUACCGGUUUAGCGGAGCGGAUAGACGAGCUGCUUGA